AUGGGGAAGGCGAGAGGAAUAGGAGAAGGGAAAUUAUCCUCCUUAAGGGAACAACGAAACCUCAGAGAGAAAGAUCGACGGAUGCGCAUGAAACAUCUCUUCUCUAUACUCUCUUCUUAUGUUUCUCCAACUCAUAAGUUACCAGUGCCUCAACUUAUAGAUCAAGCGACAGCAUACAUGAUCAAAUUGAAAGGGAAAGUAGAUUAUAUGAAGGAGAAGAAAAGGACAUUGUUACAGUUAGGGGAACUCGGGAAUGCCUAUCAAGCGUCCUUCCUUCAGCCGAAACUAAGUAUUCGUUCGCGGCAUUCGACAAUAGAAAUGAAUCUGAUUGUGGAUCUAAACAUGAAAAGAGUAAUGUUACACGAGCUUAUGAGUGUUUUUGAAGAAGAAGGAGCUCAAGUAAUGAGUGCUAAUCUUCAGAACUUGAAUGAUAAGACAACUUACACAAUCAUAGCCCAGGCUAUGAUAAGUCGGAUCGGGAUUGAUCCAUCAAGUAUCGAAGAGAGAGUACGAACAAUCAUCUAUGGAUAUAUUAUGUUUUGAAGCAUGAAUUCCCAAAUUAUAA